AUGUGGGCUCUAGAUAAUGCGGACGCGGGGUGGUCAUGCAAAAAAGGCGACAUCUCGAAAGACUGUUCCGCUUGGAUUUGCGGCUGCCCAGCCCGUGUAGACUUUGUGCAUGUACUAAGACACUCGGGCGAGAAAAGUAACGAAGUGGCGGAUGCAUUCGCCAAGAUAGGCGCCGGAGGACCGGCUACUACUCCGUACCGACAACAACGGGUGCGGGCGCCGCCUACUGCAUCGACUGCACCAGACGUGACAGUGUCGUCGCUCGACAAAGUCUCUUCUUUGAAGCGAUACGGACAGGACUCUAAGCUUAGCCUUCUUUUGGGCUCAGCACGGGACUCGGGAUUAUUCUGGCGCACCAUCAAGCAUGACUACGAUGUCAUCCCGCCGCAGGUGACGGUUCUGCCGGCAGAGCUUACGCUAGAGUUUGUGCGCCGGAUGAACAAGCCUGAACAUCCGCUGCCCGAGUUAGAUCGUGCGGCCGCGCGCUUUGCGCAACUUCAAGCGCACGACCUCUCCACCAUCACACCUAGCCUCAAGCCUGAUAGCUUCUUUGCAGAACUCUUCAGUGUAAAGGACAUUGCCUGGUUGAAGAAGCAUAUGCGGGAGCGCUCCCUUGAGGUUGCACCGGGCUAUGACGGUGUGUCCAAGCCCGGGCUCAUGCUCAUAGCAAACGACAAUCUGGCCGCUCUGGCCGCUCUCUUCUCUCGAUGUAUUGAGAAAAAUGACGUGCCUGGUGUAUUGCUGACUACGGAGGUUGUCCAAAUUCUGAAGCGCGACAAACCGAAGCACGACGCGGCUAGUUAUCGCACACUUGGGUUGGAGAGCAUUGCCUUGAAAAUGUUGACUCUACUUGUGCCAUCCCACUCCUGCGUGUUGACGGUUCCGUGCAGAAUACUUACACAAUGGGCAGGUCAGCAUGGUCUACUGCCGCCGACACAGAGUGGCUUGCGGCAAAGAUAUUGCACGGCAAACAACGCUCUUGUCGUGCGACGGUUCAUCGAGAAGGCACGCGCAAUGAAGACCCCGCUCUACGUUGCCUCCGUCGACGUCACGAACGCAUUCCCUUCUACUGAUCGAGACCGGCUCUGGGUCAAGCUACAUUGA